AUGUCCCCACACAGUCAAAAUAUCGAUCCUGCCUGGCCACCAGGGACAGUUCGUCUUGAUGACCUCAACGCUGGCUCCGAGGUCAUACUGGAGCCGAAGCCUAGCAAAGAUCCAAAUGACCCCUUAAACUGGCCACAAUGGAGGAAACAUCUGAAUUUUGGCCUUGUCUCCUAUUAUGUUGUGAUGGUCAUGGCAUUGGUCAAUGUCGCCACUGUCACCUGGGGUCCUCUCAACAUCGAGCUGGGAUUUAGCUUCGCUCUACUUAACGAUAGCUACGCCGCUGGCUGUGGUGCUCUUGCGAUCGGCGGGAUCUUCCUCAUCCCCUUCGCCCUCAAAUUCGGCCGACGACCAAUCUAUAUUUUGAGUACUGCAAUUCAAUGCGGAAUCAGUAUCUGGUCUGCUCGGAUGCAAAAUGUGGCAGAUCUCAUGCUGGUUAAUAUUCUUAGUUGUAUUGUUGGGGCACUUUCUGAGGUGAUGGUGCAAAUGACGGUCGCCGACAUUUACUUCGUUCACGAACGAGGACUUAUGAACACCAUAUACUACUGGUUCAUGACGGUUGGCACCUCCCUGGCACCUCUAGCGGGAGGGUUCAUUACCCUUUCGCAGGGCUGGCGCUGGGUGUGGUGGUGGAUGGCCAUCUUGUUCGGUGCAGGACUCCUCGCCUUCAUCUUCCUCUACGAAGAAACGAUGUUCGCUUUUGAACCGAUUGAUGGGGUCCCUGUUGCCGACAGGACGGCAUCCGCACUUCCAGGCGACAAAGAUGCCGAAGCAUUGGCUCAUGGAGAUGUCGAUAUCGCGAAACGCGAUGAAGUUCCUUAUGAGCCAGUUGAAGUUGACUAUUCGAUUCCGAAGAAAACUUACCUGCAAAAAUUAUCACUUUGGUCAGAUUCACCAGUAUCCUUUGGGCAAGUGGCCAAGCACAGCUAUCAACCAUUCCUCAUCAUGUUCAGCAUUCCUGCUGUCCUUUUCAUGGCCGUUGAGUAUGGCAUCAUGACCGCUUGCACGACGGUCCCGGUGACGACCCUUUCCUCUGUUAUGACGCUACCGCCUUAUAAUUUUGGGUCAGCUCAAAUUGGUCUCAUGGGGAUUCCGCCAUUUAUUGGAACCUGCCUCGCCACUGUUAUUUGUGGUCCCUUGAGUGACUCAAUAGCUCUUUAUCUUGCGAAGAGAAAUGGGGGCAUUUAUGAGCCAGAGAUGCGCCUCUGGCUAUGCUUAGUUUUUGUACCUCUUGUCCCUGCUGGACUUUUUAUGUUUGGCAUUGGUCUCAACAAUGGCUCUCAUUGGAUCUUACCUGCCUUUGGCCUUGGCGUUUCAGCUUUUGGAGUUGUUCCCGCCAGUAGUGCUGCACUUACAUAUCUGACAGAUGCGUAUACCGAUAUCAUUGCGGAUUCUGUUGUUGCACUAACCUUCAUUCGAAACGUUAUCUCAACUCUAUUUGUAUUUGCCCUUCAACCUUGGGUUGAUCGUGUCGGCUUGAAUUGGUUCUAUAUCACAUUCGGCUUGAUCACGAUGGUGGUUAUGUUGGGGAAUGUCCUUUUCAUCUACUUUGGAAAAACAUUCCGUAUCAAGUUUGCACACAGAUAUCGUCAUUUCGGAGCGCAGAUAUCAGUUCUUUGA